UAACGCGUAGUUGCGAACUUACGCUAUUUAGAUCCUUUGUGAAUCUGCAUCUCUAAUAAUGUUCAUGAAAAAUGCUGACCUCCUUCUUCUUCCUCCUCCUCCUAGUGAUUACAGCCUCAGGAGAAGACGAAUUCACCUUCAAUGGAUUCAACAGUGCCAACCUGAGCCUUGACGGCUCCGCGUCGAUCACAAACAACGGCCUCCUCGAGCUAACCAACGCCACUCAGAUGGUGAGCGGCCAUGCCUUCCAUCGCCUCCCGCUUCACUUCAGGUCUCAGACCGGUAAAACCAUCUCAUUUUCCACCACAUUCGUAUUUGCUAUUCUCUCUGAGACCUCCAAUCUCAGCGGCCAUGGCAUCUCUUUCUUUGUCUCCCGCACGUGUGAUCUAUCUACUGCUCUCCCAACCCAGUACUUGGGCCUGUUGAAUGUAGACAACGAUGGAAACCCAGCCAAUCAUAUUUUAGCUGUUGAGCUUGAUACUGUCCAGAACCCCGAACUUCAAGAUAUCGAUGAUAACCAUGUCGGUAUUGAUGUCAACAGCUUGAAGUCCAUCGACUCGCAUGGAGCUGGUUACUAUGAAGAUAGCACUCGUUUUCUUAGAAACUUGUCACUUACAAGUGGACAACCAAUGCAAGUUUGGAUAGAUUUUGAUGGCGAGGAGACGAAACUCAAUGUUACCUUAUCCCCGUUGAAAUUGCCAAAACCUAGUAGGCCACUCUUAUCCUCUACCGUCGACCUGUCAAGCUUGAUGCUAGAUACCAUGCAUGUCGGUAUUUCUUCCUCGACUGGUUCUUUCCGUACUCGCCAUUACAUUCUCGGGUGGAGCUUCAAGAAGAACGGGGUAGCGAAGCCCCUCGAUUAUGACAAGCUUCCUUCACUCCCUGUUUCUAAAACUAAAGGUAGUAGUUCUGAGGUUUUGGCGACAUCAUUGCCCGUAGCUUCGUGUUCAUUUGUAUUAUUAAUUGUUGCUUCUACUGCGAUCGUAAUAAGGAGGAGGAUAAAGUACGCGGAGCUACUCGAAGAUUGGGAGCUCAAAUACGGGCCUCAUCGGUUCUCGUACAAAGACUUGUACGAAGCAACAAAAGGGUUUAAAGAGAGUCAGUUACUCGGGAUGGGAGGCUUUGGUAGAGUCUACAAAGGGGUUUUGCCGACUUCCAAGAUGGAGAUUGCAGUGAAGAAAAUAUCUCACGGAUCAACACAAGGUUUGAGAGAGUUUGUGGCUGAAAUUGUCAGCAUCGGCCAGUUCCAUCAUCGAAACCUCGUGCAGCUCUUAGGCUACUGUCGCCGCAAAGGAGAGUUCCUCUUGGUAUAUGAUUUCAUGCCCAAUGGUAGCCUUGACAAACUUUUACAUGACUGUACCAAGACUACCCUUAAUUGGGCUCAAAGAUUUCAGAUCAUCAAAGGAGUGGCUUCGGGUCUUUUAUACCUGCACGAGGACUGGGAGCAGGUUGUGAUUCACCGAGACAUCAAGGCUAGCAAUGUGCUGUUAGAUCGUGAUUUCAAUGGGAGGCUUGGAGAUUUUGGUCUCGCGAGAUUAUAUGAUCGAGGCACUGAUCCUCAGACUACUCGUGUUGUUGGAACCAUGGGCUAUCUUGCUCCUGAGCUUGCUAUAAGUGGAAAGGCUACAACUUCAACCGACGUUUUUGCGUUUGGUACCUUCCUACUUGAAGUGGUAUGUGGUAGGAGGCCGAUUGCAACCCAUUCAGAGUGCGAGGACCUGGUCCUUGUAGAAUGGGUUUAUGAGAAUUGGCGAAGGGGGUCACUAAUUGACACAAUGGACUCAAGAUUGCGAGAUGAGUACAGAGAUCAUGAGGUGGAGUUAGUAUUGAAGCUUGGCUUGCUAUGCUCACAUCCAAUUCCUGAAUCAAGGCCAAGCAUGCGCCGAGUGAUGCAGAUUUUGGAUGGGGAUGCACAGCUCCCUGAGUUGUUGCCGAGUUUUCUCAGUCUUAGCAGUCUUUCAUUGUACCGAAGUGCAGGGUUUGAUAACUAUAUUAUGUCAUUCAACUCCUCAGCAGCCCUUCAUUCAUCUGUGAUAUCUGACUUUGUGUGUGAAAAUUGAUAUUUUUACCUUUUGGUUGCAAACUUGCAAUAUAACUUGCUCACUAUAAGCAAGAUGGAUUGUUGAGUUUUAACUGAUCUUAUGGAGUGAUCAAACUUUUAUAUGUCCAUAGAACCUUGUUGUUGUUCCUUCACACAGCUAAGAUGAGUCUAGAGUUGGAAGGUACUGUGCCCACUCUGUCUCCCAUAUAAAUUUUAUAC